GUGAGUGUGUGUAGUUUUCAUCCCUCCCCUGAGCAGAUCUUUAUCAAUUUGUGUACUCCAGUCUUGGGGUGCGUUUGAAUGGGUGUCUGUAUGUGUAUAUGUGACAGAGUUUACAGGAGGACAGAGUAAAAGUGUCUUGGAGCCUAAGGAGCCGGGGAAGAGCUCUGCAUCCAGAGGAGAGCAACCUGCACUAAAGGAGUUUCUGACUGACAGCACCCUCACUGUGAUUACCUCCUGACACUUUUGAUAUCCAAGAUUUGGCUGGACUGUGCGUGCAGCCUAAAUGACGAAGUGGAACUUGUUCAAGCAUCAGACAACACCCAUGGUCGCUGCUAAGCCAACGGGGGCCAGUGCCUUGACUGUGACUCCAGCCCCCGUCGCAUUAGUCUCCGCCGACAACUCCACCGAGCCGGUCAACAAGAACGAUGCCUUCGACGAGAUCAAAAACAAGUUUCUGAAUGAAAUUGACAAGAUCCCACUGCCGUCCUGGGCCAUCAUCGCCAUUGCCGUGGUCGCUGCUUUACUCAUCCUCACAUGCUGCUUCUGCAUCAUCAAGAAAUGUUGUUGCAAGAAGAAGAAGAACAAGAAGGGAAAGAAGGGGAAGGGUGACAUGGGAAUGAAGAACCUGAAAGGAGGAGAGAAACAACAGGAUGACGAUGAUGAAGAAGACGAUGUGGAGCCUGCACUGACCGGCGAUGAGAAAGAGGAAGAAGUAAAAGAGAAAGAGAAACUCGGGAAGCUGCAGUACUCUAUCGAUUAUGACUUCCAGGAGAGCAAGCUGACUGUAGGAAUCCUGCAAGCAGCUGACCUCCUCUCCAUGGACAGCGGUGGCACCUCUGACCCCUACGUCAAAGUCUUUGUCCUCCCCGACAAGAAGAAGAAGUUUGACACAAAGGUCCACAAGAAAACUCUCAAUCCUGUCUUUAAUGAGACCUUCACCUUCAAGAUUCCGUUUAAUGAGAUGGGAGGAAAGACUCUGGUGAUGUCUGUGUAUGACUUUGAUCGCUUUUCAAAACAUGACGUCAUUGGAGAGAUUAAGAUACCGAUGAACACCCUUGACCUGGCAAAGCCGAUUGAGGAGUGGAGAGACCUGGACAGCGCAGAUCAAGAGGAGCCCGAGAAGCUGGGUGACAUUUGCAUCUCUCUGCGUUACGUCCCCACUGCUGGAAAACUCACCAUCUGUAUUCUAGAAGCCAAGAACCUGAAGAAAAUGGACGUGGGAGGACUGUCAGAUCCUUACGUGAAGAUUAACCUUCUGCAGAAUGGAAAGAGGCUGAAGAAGAAGAAGACGACGGUGAAGAAGAAUACUUUGAAUCCGUACUAUAAUGAGUCCUUCAGCUUUGAGAUUCCUCUGGAGCAGAUGCAGAAAAUCCAAGCUGUGAUCACAGUGCUGGAUUAUGACAAGAUUGGCAAGAACGACGCCAUCGGGAAGAUCUGGGUGGGAAGCAAGGCCACAGGGGCCGGCCUGAAACACUGGUCCGACAUGCUGGCCAACCCCCGCCGCCCCAUCGCCCAGUGGCAUCCACUGCAGCCAGAGGAGGAGGUGGAUGCCUCCCUCGCAGCCCUGAAUGCCAAGAAGUAAACCCCCACCAGAAAUCCACACCUCCACCUUACCUCCCCAUGCAUUUCCCGCCAUUUCCCCCAGGUCCCACAUAUCAGUGUAAAUUCCCGAAGAACACCCCGACUGUACAUCUGCUCCUUCCACCUCCCUCCUCCUUCUUCCUUUCCUAAUUCUUCCCUCCGCCACCUUUCAAAAGAUCCAUAAAUACAUCUCAACAUGAUGGGAAAUAUAGUUUAAAAAAAGCAUCAUGUUAAAAGAAAUCAUGUCAUUGAAAAAAGAAGACGAGUCACAGGAUGGACAGAUACUCCGUUGAUUUCCUUUAGAUCUAUUUUUGUAUUGGGGUUGUGGUUCCAUUAAUAAGAAUACAGAGUAGACUAUGAAGAACAGUACGACUACUAAAUGGGAAUCUGGUGAUAGAGGGGAUAACACACACAUUCACUCAUGUUGUACUUCUCACCCUUUCCCUUUAGUGACACAGUUUGCUUAGAGUAGUGCUUAUUAAUAAUAAUAAUAAAAUGCUUUAUACUGCCAUAUAUGAUAGAGAAAUAACACAAGCAGGUCCAUUCCUUAGGUGUAUUUAUUGUGCACCAUGUUCCACACCUGCCAGUUAUCAUUCUAGAUGAUUCUGUUCGUUUGACGUACAUUCCUAGAGGUGGGUAGCGAGUAGGGAUAGGCACAUAUCCAGUUACCCACAGACACACUGCCUUUUUUCGAUUAGUUAACCUUCCACCCAUCGUCUCAGGAAAACUGAGAGGAAACUGAAGCUCCAUGCCUUUUUUUCUAAACGGGUUGUUUAUCAUUCAAUAAUUCCAAGAAAUGAGAAAUAGUUGGAUUCAAUAUUGAAAAAAAAAAAAAAGCUUGACUACUUUGGGUGACGUAAGGCUCAGUUUAUCCAUGAAAUAAAUGGUACGUCAGGGACAAGGGAGGGAGGGAUUUUCAGUUUAAAAAAGUCUAUUUGUGUAUUUUCUGUUGACUGCGAGUGUCAUCCGAAAACAACAAAAAAGCAAGGAAAUAUCAGAGCGGGUUCAACAGAGACUGAUUCCACCCACCAAUGACAUGAUAUUUACAAGGUGUCGAUUACUGCCUGCAGUCUGCCACCUCCCCUCCCAACGCCUCUGAUUCUGUAUCUCACUUGUUCAGUGCUACUGCCAUUAGUCAUGGACUUGACACAAGGGUUUUACUUCAAAGAAAAUCCCUAUAACCGUCUUACAGUCAUAAAGGAGACAAGCCUUCAAAGUAACAAAAUAAGCAAUUUUCAACUACCAGGGACGCCUUCCAGUUAAGCGGUGUUGUUCUCUUCAUUUCUUUCGUUUUACUUACUUUUUCUAUCUCUUUAUUUCUGUUUAUUUACUUCAUUUAUUCCUCAAGCACUUUAAAUCCAAAUGUUACGUUUAAGUACCCUCAGAAACCAGAGCUUUAAUGCUUUAUUUUAGGAAUAACUGCUGGUUAAAAAAGGAGCAAAGGAGUGCAUUAUGUAUCAGUUCUUUUGUUGCUGUUGCUUUUAAUGUAUGUUUUAGUUUUAAUGUCUGUUUUUCACUUUGACUGCAAGGACAUGGUCUGGAAGGAGGCACUGAUCCAUGUGUUUUAUACACAGCUUACCAAACUGUUGAAUUUAAUUGCACUACUGGGUAUUAAUUAUUCUGUUCUGUGGUAAUUUGAUCUGUGUAUUCAUUUUCUUUAUUGAUCAAAUGUUGUGAGAUUGAAUUUUUCUGCAGCACAUGUAACUUACCAGACAGUUCUCCUGGAUAAAAGAACAACAGGUUUCUAUGUAAUGCUGCUUCAUGUUUAAGGAAUAUUCUGCAAAAGAGAAAUUUUGAGGUUAAGCUUGCAAAAAAACGUAUCAGCUCUGACUAAAAGCGUAACUCUAAUUAAAAUCCUGAUAUGCAUCAGUGCCGAGGUAAUAAUGAAUAUCAGUGCUGCCCGUUGACUGUGUGCCAGAAAAUGCAAAGUCAAUCUAGACAUUACCACAAUUUUUGGGGGUAAUUUAAUGAAUGUUGGCUCUUGUAUCUUUCUCUGCUGGAAAUUGUAACUUUUUAUUUUUGUAUACUGACAUAGGCCAUGUUUAGAUUUCUGUUUUUCAUCUCACAUUACCCUUCUUUUCUGUUAAAUGAAGCAGCACUAAAGAAAAAGGCAACAUGGAAGCAAUCAAGCAACCCAUCCGUGUGUAGUUUUGCCUAUAUACAUAGUUCAUACACGUUGAUACUGCAUGUUUAUACAAAAUACUGUACAUAAGAGCAUGUUUUAGAGACGAAGCAAAAAUAUCUCGUGUACGUAAAUGGGUGUCAUUUGUCAUUUUAAUAACACAACGAAGGGAAAAAAAGAUGCACUGUAUAUUUUCUAAAUGAAACAAAUGUGUAUUUAUUUUCCAUGAGGGUCAUUGGAGAGAAUGUCAUUCAAAUAUUAGAGUACUACUACUAAUAAGAACCUUUCCACGCCUGAAAUUCUUAAGCAAGUGUGUCGUCCAGUACUGUGUGUGAGUUCAUGUAGGAUGAAAAUGUAGCCGCAUGCUUGCUAUCUAAUUCCUUGUGAUCCAAAGUUUUAUUUUUGUGCCAUUUUUAUGCCAUAUUUUUGUUACAGCACUAAUCAGAAGGCCAAUGUAUGACUUAUUUAUGAUUUUUUUUAUUUUUUAAAAACGAUCUGUUUGAAUUUUAAAUGUUUGGGAUGGCGGAGGGGGUCUCCAAGUCUACAAGAAAGUGACAGAUCUGGCAUGGUGUUACUCUAAAAAAAUCCCAUUGAAGUAGAUUGAAUUAUUCAGCAUUGUGUAGGAGGAUUGUGGGAGUUGACAUUAGUGCCAGUACUGAUGCAGAAUCAAGUCUGUUGGACCAUAUCUUUGUAUAAAAUGCAUUUCCAGGGGCCAAAUUAUGAGUUCUCCCAUUCCAGUGAACACAAAUGACUUGGAAUCCUUUCUUCUCUCUUUCUUCACUUGGAAGUUUAUUUUUAUUUUCCACUUCUAUUUAAAUGACCUGAAACCCUUCACGGCUGUGUCUCUUUUACUGUGUUUAUUAUACAAUACGUGUAUGUGUAUACAAGAUAAAUGAAUAAGAUAAAACUAAAGCCAUAAAACUCAAGCACUAACUCUUUAGAGCUCAGCUGAGUAGCUAGAGUUUAUUUAUGAAGAAAAAAAAAUCCAACAUGUCUUCGGUUUCCUUGGCCAGUGUUUCUCUUUUACAUUCCGUUCAGAGGUCUUUGUUCAUCAAGAGGGCGAAAUCCAUUUUACUGUGUACGUGAGCAUUGAGAACAGUUGUGCGUUUAGUAGAGUGAGUGUGUCUUUUUCUACUUUCCAAGCUGUUGAUGUCCUUGUUUCAUAGAGGUAGCUGAUUUUACAGUAUUGUGAUUAGUAAUGUAUAUGCCUUGUUUUGAUAGUAUAAAUAAUAGAUCAAAUAUCACAAUAGGUUCUCAAUAAUACUGCUAAAAUUAUAUAAAUAUAUAAAUAUAUAGAUAUAUAUGAGAGUGUGUACUAUUCUUUGGGCUGAGUGCAAUUUAUGAACCAAACUAGGCCACUCCUCAAGUUUCUCUUCUUCCAGUUUAGCAGCAGAACGUACUUUUGACUACAUCAGUAACUCUGCUGGUUAUUUACUGCUCAUGCUGAUGGUUUCUUUGUUUGCUUGUUUAGCGUAUUUCUCAAGCAACAAAACAAUACAGUAAGAGAUCUGAUUGACCUCUAACUAAGAGAGAGGAACGUAAUUUGUUCAGGCCUGAAUCCCUCCGAUAGAACUAUGCAUUGAGUUAUGAUUUCAACUAAAAGAGAUACAUAAAAUUGCAUAUUAUGUCAAGCACAUGAUAUGAAAUCAGACAAGUAGUUAUAAAAAAGGGAAAUGUGUUUGUUACUGUUUUUUUUUUAUCCUACUUGCCAAGAGGGGAAAAAAAACAUACAACUGGUGUAUGUGAGGUUAAUAUGAAGCUGGAGCAAAGUGAAUGUUAGUCAAGCCUAGCCUACCUUAGCUUAGCUAACAAAAAAGCUAAGAACAAAUGCAAAAAGUUGGCCAAACUUAGUCCAAAAGUAACAAAAGAAUUAUUUUUCAUUAUUUUUAAAGCUAAAACAAGGAUCCAGGCUUCGUGUUAAACUUUGUAAGAAAAAAUGUCACAUGAGAAAUAUUCUUCUGUUGAAAAGAGUUGAGCUAAUGUUUCUUCCAGUGUCUGUCCUAAGCUUUAGGAAGCUAGCAGUCACCUUGCUAACGCUGUUGAAAAGGCCUAGUUACUUUUCCUCCCCAUUUCCAGUUCCUGUGCUGCGCUAGUUAAAAUUAGCAUCCACAUAUCCACAGCUAUUGAAGAGAGUUUAGCUAAUAUUUCUUACCUGUGUGUCUUUCAGUAUUUGUGCUAGUACUGAGGAAAUUAGUAUGAUACUGUGCUAGGUUGGGUAAAAAGCCACCUAGCUACAAGAAUAGCUAAGCUAAGCUAGCUUUUUCUUCCUAUUUUCAUCAUCUUUUGGGAUUUCCCCUUGUGGGACUAAUAAAGGAAUAUCAUAUCUGUUCUAGGCUAGAGGAGGCAAGGAGUCACCUAGCUAAGGCCUCUGAAAAAGCUGAGCUAGCUUUUCUUUUGUGUUUGAAGUGUCUUUGCUUAGCUAGAAGUCACCUAUGUUGAGCUUUUAAAACACCCCAAUCUAGCUUUUUGUUCCCUUUUGUAGUGUCUGUGCUAAAACUGAGGAAGCUAGUAGUCACUUUGCUAAAGCUUCAGAUAGGACCUGAGCUCACUUUACUUCCAGUGUUUGUGGUAGGCUUGAGGAAGCUAGUAGUCACAUAGCUUAGGCUUUUGAAAAGACCAAAAUACUGUGCUAGGUGAAGUUAGGAGCUACCUAGCCACAGCUAUUACAAAUACCUUAGCUAGCUUUUCCCUAUUUUCAUCAUUUUUCAACAUCUUGGCUAAGCUAGAGGAAGCAAGCAGUUAUGAAGUCAAACUUUUGAAAAGACAGGUACUUUUUCUCUCCUGUUUAAAGACCCUGAGCUGUGCUACAUAAAGUUAGUAGCCUGCUUGCCACAGAAAUGAAAAAGAGCAGAGCUAUCUUUCCUUUUUUUACAGCAUCUGUGCUAAGCGAGAGGAAGCUAGCAGUCACCUCACUUAAGCCUCUGGAAAGACCUGAAUUAGACUGUCUUCCAUGUCCCCUGUUUCCAGUGUCUGUUCUGAAAUUGAGGAGGUUACCUGUCACCUAGCUAAAGCUUUUCAAAGACCCAAGCAAGAUUUACAACCUUAUUUCUGAAGUUAGCAGCCCCCUAGCCUCAUAUAUAAGAGUUGAGCUAGCUUUUAUUCCCUUUUAUCAGCAUUUUUGCUAAGCUAUAGGAAGCAAGGAGUCACUUAGCUCAAACAUCUGAAAAGAGCUGAGCUAUCAUUUUUUCCCUGUUUCUUGUGUUGGUGCUAAGCUAGAGGAAGCUAGCAGUAUCCUACCUAAAGCUUUUGAAAAACCUAAGCUAUCUUUUCUUUGAUUUUAGUUUUUUGUGCUGAGCAAGGCUUAGCUAGCAGUCACCUAGCUCCAGCUUUAUCCCUCAAAGAUGAAAAAGAGGGGUAGGUAUCAAUCUACUCCUUGGUAAGAAGUUUAGUAUUUCUCUAGAUACUCUUAAUUUUCUGCUCUUUUACCUCAGUCGUUAGUUUUCUAUGACGUAAACUUUAAACUGCCAUUGCUCCCUCCUGGCAACAAUCUUCAAUGUGCGAUGUCGCACAUUGUCUAAUGCAAUAUAAAAGUUAUUCACUGUCCCAUUAAUUCUGUUGACUGUGACCAAAUGAUACACUGAGAACAAUUCACAAACAAGAUUUCAGUGUGUUUCAGAAAUACUGCCAGUGCCUGAUCACAGCUGCCUGCAUUUGUCAACACUGUUUGAAUCCGCAGAGCCAAAACAACAAUUGAGGCAAACAGAACGCAUCAAGUGACUGAUGAGGCAGCUGUGAUUUCAGGUAAACUUAUAGCACAUCUAACUUUCUUUAGUUUCUUUUACUGCCUUGGUCACUACAGUCAAAUGACCACUUGAGUUCUAUGGAGGACAGAAACUGGGAGCUAUGUGUGCUCAUGUGUGUUGGAUAAAUAGAUAUGCCCUUUAGCAAUGGUGCAAAAAACACAGGACUAGAAUAUAAUAAUACAAUAAACAGUACAGGUCUGCAUGUGUGGGACACAUUACUCAUUCCUAAAUGUGCAUCAAUGUGUGUAUGACCGUAAUACUCAGUUAUAUUUAAAAUAAUGGGGUUUCUGUAUUGUGCAGAUGUACAGUACUUUAUGCACAACUGCAUCUGAAACUGUGCUGUUUCAGUCGUGCAGAGAGUGUUAAAUAGCACAGUCCACACAGUCUCCUUUUCUUAAACAAACGCUGGGAUUUUAAAGGGAAAUCAUCCAAAAAGAUCAUUUUACCACUUUGUCAGAAAAAGUGUUGAGAAUCCUCUCAGCUCCACUUUGAAACAUGUUGUCUUGUCUCCUCUAUUACUCGCUGUAUUUCUUCUUUGUAUUCUUGUGCACAUGUGUAAUCACUCCCUCUGUCCCUUCUUUUUUGUGAUGUAUGCUGUUAAUGUAGAAUGUAGUAUCUGUAAAUGAAUCAAUGCCAGUCACUUUGCUUUUUGUUUGCGUCUGUGUCCUGUUUAAAUGUAACCAGCUAUGUUCCAUCAGUAUCAAUAGGAAGCAGGCUCUCUGAUUCUCCACUGAAUCUGCUUCUGCUGAGCGUAAAGAAUGCCGGCCUUCAUGUUUACAACAUGGACAUACUGUAUACUGCCAAACAUGCAGGACCGUACCAAACUCCCCUCUUGAGCGCUUAGUCCUCCACCUCUCAUCCCUGAUGCAACUGUACUCUCAAGACUCUUUAUUCCUUUUUUACUUUUUCUCCCACCUCUUUCCUUUUCUCUUCAUCAUCUUUUAAAAGCGUGGGAGGACGGUCAGGUUGUGUCCUCUAGCUGUGUUUCUUCGUGUCUAGUGUUGUGGUGCGCGUGUUCAUGUCAGUACUUGUGCCUACUGUGGAUCGCAUGCUUUAGCCCUUGACUGGACACAAACGUUGCUCACAAACUCCUCUUGACCCUUAUGUGGACAAACGUUGGGGAUCCUUCUAAAAGUUAUCAAGGGAACCAAAUAACUUAUUACAAAUUUAUCAUAUGUGUUACCAGUUCUGUAAAAAAAGACAAAUAGGAA